CACUCGCACCGCUUCCAGCCUAGUCUAGCUCUCCUCGCCCCGCGCGCACCGUCCUUCCUCCUGUCCUCACUUCGCCCACCUCUCCGACCCCGACCAUGCACUUGAUGUACUCUGCCGGCCCGGACGGCAAGCGCCUCUACACCCUCAAGAAGGUCAACGCCGCCGGCCUCCCGACCCGCAGCGCUCACCCUGCCCGCUUCUCGCCCGACGACAAGUACUCGCGCCACCGUGUCACGAUCAAGAAGCGCUUCGGCAUCCUCCUUACCCAGACCCCGGCCAAGGCCGUCUGAGCCACCUUCGUCGAUGUGGGCGGCGGAGCAUAGAUCGGUGGAGCGUGUCGUGCGCGCGGCGGCGCCUGUAACUUGUACCUCGUUCUCUCUCUUAC